AUGACCAAAAUCCUUAAAGUAGUCGGUGCCUCCUGGCUCCAAACCAAGAUCAGCUCUUACGUCCUGGGCAUACUCGGAGUGCUGGCAAUAUUGGCGCUCUUUGUCGGACAAAUAGAAAGAAUUCAAGAAGAUGGCAAUUAUGCAGCAACAGUCUUUUAUUCAGAGAAAACCGGAUAUCGCAUAGAGUACUGGGGUCAAAGUAAUGAAUUAGCGGAUAUACCUAAGGGAGCUGCAAGAGCAUAUUUUAGAAUGGACGUUGAAACAACUGGAUGGUCUUUGUUGGAAGUGGAAACAAAUCCCUUGUUCCCUGAUGAAAUCCAAGCGUACGCGGCUGGCAUAGUUGAGGGAGCGUUGACGUGGUCCCUCAUUCAUAAUCACCUAGAGAACACGAUAAGAGAACGCUGCGACGGCACGUCACUAGAGAAGCAAUGCAACAAGCUGCGAGACGCUUUGGACAAGUCUGUGGAUAUUUGGAAAUCUCACGCAGACGAACGUGGCAGCGUAGAUCCGUUCUGGCAUCAGGUAUCCUUGUAUUAUAUCCAAAUUAGUGGUAUCUUUACUGGAUGGAAACAUGGCGUAGAGCGCAGUCAAAACGAGUAUGAUACCGAUAUAUCAGAUCUAUAUUGGCUAAACUCCGUCGGAGAGGUGACAGAAAUUCAGCACAAGCUGAACAUAUCACUAGACGCUGACGUCAUCGACGCUUUACCAGAUCUCUCCAGUGGAUUUUUGAGGAUUGCUAAUGAAACGGUCGAAGGAUCUACUUUUAAGAAGAUUUAUCUUGCACAAAACAAAGCGGCCAGUUACACUUCAAUGACCCGUAUCUUAAAACGCUACAAGCUAAACUAUCAUCAAACAUCUAAAAAUACCUCCGAAUUGGUUCCUGGACUCACUGUAGAUUUCUCAGGUUAUCCUGGUUCAGUUACCAGUCAAGAUGAAUUCUACUUCGUGAAAGGAGAUCACAGACUUGCAAUAUCAGGAAUAUCACUAAAGAAUUACAAUGAUAAGCUUUGGAAAGAAGUUAACAUAACUCAUCAGGUCCCUCUGGGUCCUCGUGUACAUGCUGCCAACCACUUGGCCCAAAACGUCAGUUCAUGGGCUCACAUUCUCGCUGGCAGUAACUCCGGUACUGGCAGCAAGCAGUGGCUGGUUGUUGACUUCGACAUGUUGGACCAAGUGAAUGAACCGCCUUUAGAAGAAAACCACUCCAGACACAUCAACAAUUACAUUGUCACUGAAAGCACCAUCACAAGGGAUGUUAAACAUACAGUUAUCCAUGCGAACAGUUCCAUCAAUCGCAGCAAAGGCCUAGCCUGGCUAGUUGAACAAGUACCUGGGCGUACGCACUCUGCCGACCUCUCCGAAGCAUUGCUUGUGCAAGGCUACUGGGCUACAUACGGAUUGCCAUUUUUUAAUGAUAUAUCCGAAGACACCCAAAUCCAUCACAUGGAAAAAUUAUAUGGCAACGUGUUUUCUGAAGCAGAAUCACCUAGAGCUGUUCUAUUCAAAAGAGGGUUUAAAAAUGCUACUUCGUUAGACAGUAUAGUCAAGUUGAUGCGGCAAAACAACGUAACAGCCAUUAACCGUGCUAGUAAUGAAACAGAUUGCGAUUCCGGUCUCUCUUGCAUGAUAGAUGAAACAGGUUACUGGUCUGUACUUGGCGUUCGCGGCGAUAUGGUACACAAACACAAAGAGGCAUACGGAAUCAUCGAUACUAAAGUUAUCAGCGGGAUGACUAACCAAAUGUCUACUGAAUUCAAUGCCCUUUCUGGUCCACCAUACACAAAAAUAAACACUACUAAAUUCAACAAAGGAAAUGUAGCACCAAUUUAUACGCACCAGUUCGACAAUAAACCAUCUAUUGAUGGUCUUGAAAUAAGGGACCUAGUAAAACAUCAGAUUGAAGAAGCUCGACAAGAGGACUUGGAGUACCUCAAUAGAGACGUUAUUAAACCUUUCCAAUGGUCUGAAAGCGAAUAUAAAGACAGAAAACGUCUGGGUCUUCCUGAUAAUUGGGCCUUUCAACCGAUUAUUCCAAAAUGGUCAUGGUGA